UUGGCAGUCGGCCCUAACUGGCGGAUAUUUUGAAAAUGGAAGGAAUGGCAAAGUUUUGGAGGGGAAAAGAGUUACAAUAUCGACCACGAUUUUAGGAUCUAAUGUCACAUUCGUCGACGCAUGCAGAACAUCCAUUUAACUGCAUGCGUCGAUAACGCCGACUUCGCUCAAGAUGAGUGUUUCAAUCGGCGUCAGAAUCGAGGAUUUUACGGUCCUCACCCUUCUUGGCAAGGGCUCGUUUGCAUGUGUUUAUCGGGCAAAGUCGAAAAAUACCGGUGUGGAUGUUGCAAUAAAAAUGAUUGACAAGAAGGCCAUGCACAAAGCUAGCAUGGUCCAACGUGUAACCAACGAGGUGGAGAUUCACUGUCGGUUGAAGCACCCUUCCAUCCUUGAGCUCUACAACUACUUUGAGGACAGCAACUACGUGUACCUGGUGUUGGAGAUGUGUCACAACGGAGAAAUGGGCCGCCACCUCAAAGACAGGAAGGCGCCGUUCUCUGAGGAGGAAGCGCGGCACUUCAUGCAUCAGAUCGUGAAGGGGAUGCUGUAUCUGCACACGCACGGCAUCAUGCACCGCGACCUCACCAUGUCCAACCUGCUGCUGACCAGCAGCAUGAACAUUAAGAUCGCCGACUUCGGCCUGGCCACGCAGCUCAAGCUCCCCACGGAGAAGCACUUCACCAUGUGCGGCACGCCCAACUACAUCUCCCCCGAGGUGGCCACGCGCAGCGCCCACGGCCUGGAGUGUGACGUGUGGUCGCUGGGCUGCAUGUUCUACGCCUUCCUCACGGGCCGCCCCCCCUUCGACACGGACACCGUCAAGCACACCCUCAGCAAGGUGGUGCUGGGGGAGUACCACAUGCCCGGCCACAUGACGCCCGAGGCCCAGGACCUCAUCCGGCAGAUGCUGCAGAGGGACCCGGCGCAGAGGCCCAGCCUGUCCACCGUGCUGGACCACCCCUUCAUGACCCAGAGCCUGCUGGCCCGCACCAAGGAGCUGGGCCUGGGCGACCCGGGCUCCAUGGACAGCGGCAUCGCCACCAUCUCCACGGCGUGCACCUCCUCCUCCACGUCGGGCGGCAGUGGCGGCAGCAACCGCCUCCAGCUGAGGGUGCGGCACGCCAUGGGCUCCGCCCUGCCCAACCGCAUGACGCCCAUCCCCACCCCGCCGCCGCCGCACCACCCCGGCGGCGGCGGCAGUGGCUGUUACGAGGACAGCGAGUCGUGGCUGGAGCAGCGCUCGGAGGCGGCACCCCGACCGGGCCGCGGCCGGGUGUUUGUCGGCGGGGACGACGGGCCGCCCCACUCACGGUACCUGCGGAGGGCUCACUCGUCGGACCGCGCCCCCUGCGCGGCGCCGGGCCGCAGCAGGGCGGAGCUGGAGCGCUGCCACUCGGAGGAGAACCUGAGGGCGGCCUUCCCCGCGACCUCCGCCCCCCAGGGCUUCACGGAGCACGCCAGGCUGCCCUCGCCGCCCAUCAAGCAACCCGCCAGCUCUGGGUGUUUGCGACCCAAGCAGAGCGGUAACCCACCAGGCAACCGGCAGCUCCAGGACUCGGGAGUGUACUCCAACUGGUUCAACAAAGAAGGGUCCGGCCUGCGGCCCGCAGACGGCAGCGCCCACAGCAGCGGCGGGAGCUUCCACAGCGGCAGGGAGCCACUGGGGGUCCACAACUCCUGGCCGGACCCCCACCACCACCACCACCACCAGCAGCAGCAGCGCGAGCGGCCGCUCAGCCCUCACUACCACCUCCAGCAGUCCACCUACCCGCCCGACCCGGAGGACUACAGGGAGAACAUCCCGGGGGCUCCGGAGUUCCAGCCCCCCGGCGGACGAGAGCCGAAGCCCACCCAGAGCCUGACCUCCACGGGGGGGCAGACCAGGGACAAGAAGACCCUGAGGGACGUCCUCCCCCCGCUGUGCGCUUCCAGACUCAAGCCCAUCAGGCAGAAGACCAAGAACGCUGUGGUGAGCAUCCUGGAGACGGGUGACGUGUGCUUGGAGCUCAUCAAAGGUCAGGGCAGCCAGGAGCGGGUCAAGGAUGUCCUGCGCAUCUCCUGCGAUGGUUCCAUGGUCACCAUAUACCAGCCCAACGAUGGGAAGGGCCUUCCGGUGUCGGACAGACCCCCCGCUCCCCCCGAAGACAUCCUCAUCUGUAGCUACGAGGACCUCCCAGAAAAGUACUGGAAAAAGUACCAGUACGCGUCCAAGUUUGUGCAGCUGGUGAAGUCCAAGACGCCCAAAGUGUCCCUCUAUACCAAGUACGCCAAGUGCAUGCUGAUGGAGAACUCUCCCAGCGCCGACCUGGAGGUCUGCUUCUACGACGGGGCCAAGACCCACAAGACGUCGGAGCUGGUGCGCGUGGUGGAGCGGAGCGGCAAGGCGUGCACGGUGAAGGGCGAGGCGGGGCUGGGCGGCCUGAGCCCCGAGGGGCGCCGCUACGUGGAGCUGUCGGACGCGGGCCACGCCAUGUGCCUGGCCCUGGAGGCCGCCGUCGCGGCCGAGGAGUCCCGCAGCCUCAGGAACACGGCCUACUUCCCCAUCACCAUCGGCAGGAGACCGGCCGACACUGACUCUGCACUCCAGCCCUCCCAGCCAACCCCGGCGGACGUGGCCUCCCCUCCAGCACCGCGGAUCACCCCUUCGAUGAUCUCCUACGACGGCUCUGACUUCACCUCCGCCAGCCUGUCUAAGAAGUGUUCCCCGCGGGGGCGGGACCCCGCCCACUGCGAGGGGAAGGUGCUCAAGUCGGUGUUUGUGCCCAACAUUGGCUGGGCCUCGCAGCUGACGGGUGGAGAGGUGUGGGUGCAGUUCAACGACGGCUCCCAGCUGGUGGUGCAGGCCGGCGUCUCCUGCAUCGCCUACACGUCACCGGAGGGACACUCCAUCAGGUAUAAGGAGAACGAGAGGCUCCCGGAGCACGUGAAAGAGAAGCUGCACUGUCUCUCCAACAUCCUGGGGCUGCUGGCCAACCCGGCCAUCCAGCGCCCCCACCAACCCCACUGAGCCUGCCCUGUUGCUGGGCAACCAGCACGGCCGUCACACCUUCAGGCAGCUUGUAAAGAUGUGGAUGUGACUUUUUUUUUUAAAUGUACAGAAAUGUUAAAGAUUAUGAAAAGAUAUUUUUUUAAUGAUUGAAUGAAUACCGGUUUGUACAGUUUAUAUAUCGGCAAUUGUUUGAGUGUUUGUCCUUUUAUUUGUUUUUCUUAUGUUGAACUCCAAACAUGUUUUCUAAUGAAAUGGCAGAUGUGAUUGCUGAGGCAAUAAAUUUGUUGGAGAAUCGCUGCACUUUAUUUUAACUUCUUCUCUCCACACUUGGAAACAUUUUGUGGAACAAAAAAAACAACAUUAAAGGUUUCCGAGCUAUA